CGGUUAUUAGGUGAUGUAUACUGUCUCCCCGCAAGGACCCCGAUAAGGCUCCAAGACUGUAUGUUAUAUGUGAUAUGGCAUUUCCCACGAGAUCGGUGCAAAAAGCAUCUAUCAUACAGCUUUCCGAACCAUGGCGGACUCCGAAGCGCCUUCCAAGGCCCAUGCAGUCACAACUAUCGCGAGUGUCGAGAUCGACCCUCGGGCAGAGCGGGCGUUGGUCUGGAAAUUCGACCUUCGGCUGCUUCCUGUCCUGGCAAUUAUGUACUUGUUUAACAGUCUCGACAAGUCCAACCUCGGAAAUGCAAAGACAGCCGGUCUUGAAGAUACCCUUCACCUCAAGGGAAACCAGUACAAUUUGAUUCUCAGUAUUUUCUUCGUUCCAUACGUUCUCACCGCACCCUUCCUCGGCCUGCUCGGCAAGAAGUUCGGACCUAACAUCGUGCUCCCAUGCAUGAUGCUUACUUUCGGUACAUGCACUAUUCUGGUGGUCGCUGCGUACAAUUUCAGCGGUCUCUUCGCUAUCCGCUGGUUCUUGGGCAUGGCGGAGAGUGCAUUCUUCCCUCUAGUCAUCUACUACCAGACCACUUUCUACCGCCGAGGCGAACUGGCUCGUCGCCUGGCUAUCUUUUACGCUGCUCAAAGUAUCGCCUCAGCAUUCUCAGGUCUCCUUGCCUUCGGCGUCUUCCGCAUCCACACCGGCCCUCUGGCAUCAUGGCGCUAUCUCUUCCUGAUCGAGGGUUGUGGAACCGUACUGUUCGCCCUCUUCGCUCUGUGGUACCUACCCCGGUCUGCCUCGGAGGCCAGUUUCUUGACCCCGGAGGAGAAAGAGCUUGCAUACCUUCGCCUGCAGAUUGACAGUUCCUCCGUCGUGGACGAGAAGCUCAACAUCCGAGACGCAUUCCGGAUCUUCAAGCACUGGACUAGCUGGGCUAUUCUGGCUAUUCAGAUCUGUCUCGGUGUGCCGUUGCAAGGAGUUCAGCUCUUCCUUCCCGUCAUCAUCAAGCGCCUGGGAUACAGCACCGUCAAGACCAAUCUAUAUACCGUGGCACCUAACGUUUCCGGAGCUGCAAUGCUACUCAUUCUCGCCUUCUGCAGUGACUGGACUAGAUGGCGUUUCCCUUUCAUCACACUGGGCUUCCUGUUCACUUUCAUCGGAUUCAUCAUCUACGCCGCGAUCGACGUUGAGCGUGACUUGAGCGUUGCAUACUUUGCUACGUUCAUGAUGGUUUGGUAAGAUCUUCCGUUGAGCUUUUCAUCUACAUUCAUCGCUUACACAUUUUAGGGGUACGUCUGCACCUUCCGUUCUCCUCGACUCUUGGUACAAUAACAACAUUGCCAACGAGGGAAGACGUGUGGUGCUUACUAGCAUCGCUGUCCCGGUCGCCAACCUCAUGGGAGUCGUAAGCUCCAACAUCUUCCGCAGCCAAGAUGCACCCAAAUAUUUCCCUGCGCUAAUUACCACUGCUGCCUUUGGUGGCACUGGUAUUCUCUUGACUCUGGCUCUUGGCUUUUGGAUGAUGUUUGAUAACAAACGUAGAGAUCGGCGACAGGGCGUCCAUGUCAAGGCGAGGGAUAUUCCGACGGAGAACCUGAAUGAGGGUCCUGCUAGUGAUGACUUCCGGUGGUUCUACUAAGUAGGCAUGGACUUUGUAUAUGAACUUAAUGAUAAUGACAUUUUCGAGUACUUGGGAAUAUUUGUUCAAUCCGAUGGAUGAGAUGUACAUAAUCGGAGUAUACCCCACCCGUGCACUCUGCGGUAGCCGCUUCAGUUGAGAAGCCUUCCCUAGACCAAUCAGUCUCCCCAAAAUGGUUCAUUUGAGGGUGUGCAUAAUAUCUUGUGCUAGUUUUCCUUUCAUCUCUGUAUGACAGAUAAAAGAGCCCUGACUGAAUCAAAGUUGUCUCCGCUUAUGAA